UUGAAUGUUUAUCUUUGGUUAGAAAUGAUUUUUUUUAUUCCUUUCAAUUAACUUAUGCAAUCAAUUUAAUAAUCAAAUUGUGAUUUUAUUUUCUCAUCAAUGGUAUUGUGAUCCUCUAAUUAGAGGAGAAUCUUGAAUUAGUCAAACAUGUUCAAUGUCGUUCGCUAUAAUCAAUUUUGUCGUUACUAUCAAACAAUCGCCAAACAUCAACAUCAACACCAUCACAAUUUAACAAGAUCGGUGAUUAGUCAACAGAAUCAAGUUGAUGGAUUUACUUAUUGUGUACAUAAAAGAUAUUUAUCUUCCUCUGAGAGGAAAGGAUUUUUUGGUCAAGUUUUCGACAACAUCAAACAAGAGAUCGCCAAGAAUAAGGAGAUGAAGGAAAAUAUUAAAAAGUUUAGAGAAGAAGCACAAAAAUUGGAAGAAUCGGAAGCGUUGAAAAAAGCUAGAGAAAAGUUUGAAGCCAUUGAAGCAGAAACAACCAAAGGAUCUGAGAAAGUUAAAGAACAAUUGAAAUCGUUGAAAGAUAAAUUUAAGGAAACAAUUGAGGAAGCGAGUAAGACUGACAUUGGAAGACAGGGUAUUAAAGUUAGCGAGGAAUUUGUUAAACAAGCGAAAGCAGCAUCGGAACAAUUAGCUAAACAAGGACAACAAUUAGGAGAUGCAACUGCAUUUAAAGCUGUAAGUGAAGGUGUAAAGGCGAUUAAAGAAGAGGUUGAUGAUGUAACAGUAUCUGGACCUAGAGUUUAUCAACCACCUAGAAAAUUACGUAAACGAACAGAGCAAUUAAACACUGACGACAAACCAAUUGAAGCUAACACGGAAGCGACUGGAGUUGAACUUCAUAAAGACUCUAAAUGGUACAAAAGCUGGGAAAAUUUCAAAGAAAACAAUCAAUAUGUGAACAAAGUUUUCGAUUGGAAAAUGAAAUACGAUGAAAGUGACAGUCCAAUUGUUCGUGCAUCCCGAUUGGUUACCGACAAAUUGGGUGAAAUGUUUGGUGGUGUUUUCCGAAAAACUGAACUAUCCGAGGCCUUAACCGAAAUCUGUAAGAUGGAUCCUAACUUUGAUAAAGCAGCGUUUUUAAGAGAGUGUGAAGUAGACAUAAUACCAAAUAUUUUAGAAGCCAUGGUUAGAGGUGAUUUAGAGAUAUUACAAGAUUGGUGCCAUGAAUCGGCUUUCAGUAGAUUAAAAGUUCCAAUUGACACGGCAAUCAAAUUAGGAUAUAAAAUGGAUUCCAAAGUUUUAGAUAUUUCCCAUGUUGAUCUUGCUAUGGGACAAAUUAUGGAGCAAGGGCCGGUAUUGAUUAUUACAUUUCAAACUCAGCAAAUUAUGUGUGUUAGAGAUGGUUCUGGAAAUGUAGUUGAAGGAGAUCCAAACGCGAUUCUUAGAUUCCAUUAUGUUUGGGUAUUAUGUCGAGAUCAAGAAGAGCUUAAUCCUAAAGCAGCUUGGCGACUUUUGGAUUUAUCAGCAAAUAGUCAACAACAAUGGUUAUGAUUAUGUAGAUUUUUGAGUUCUAAAAAUAUAAAAUUAAAUGUUCUUUGUAAAUUAACAAA